AUGGACCCCGAAAUGAACAAGCUCCUCAAAUGGAGUGUGACCAACUCCCAGGCAUCUGUAGGCGCCGAUGGCGAGGCUGCUCCCCAAGAUCUCCCAAAAGCUGCCUCAAACCUGACCCCUCAAAUGGUCAACACACUCUUUGGCGGCCCCUCCGAGGCCGACUUGAUGCGGGCCGCGAUGGAGGUUGUGCACGAUAAUGAGUCCGACAUGGAAAACAAGUUGAUCGCAUUCGACAACUUUGAGCAGAUGAUUGAGGGAAUUGACAAUGCGAACAAUCUCGUCCCGCUCAACCUAUGGAAGCCACUUGUCGAGCUGCUCAAGCACGACGAGGCCGAGAUCAGACGUUAUGCGGCCUGGUGUGUGGGAACAGCCGUGCAGAACAACCCGAAGGCACAGGAUCAGCUCGUCCUCCUGAACGAAAUCCCUACCCUCGUCACUCUCGCCACAACAGAGUCCAACCCCGCAGUCCGCAAGAAGGCCAUUUAUGCCAUUUCUUCUGCAGUCCGUAACCACCAGCCAGCCUUGGAUGCGCUGAACAAGAGCCUCCCAGAGGGCUACCCCACCGACAAGACCGAUGCCGCCGACAUGGAGGGCGUUGAUGUUAUCAUCGAUCAGCUGCGAUCUCACCCGGUUGACGCCUCUGCAUGA